AUGCUAAAUAAAUCAAUAAAAGUAACAAAAAAAGUUAUCAUCAUAAAUCAAAAGUAAUAUAUUAUGUUAAUAAUCAGAACUGACAUUAUAAAUGAGAAUACAAGUAUAAUAAAUAGAGAACCAUUAAGAAAUAGUGUAGAAGAACAAAGGAUUGAUCAAAAGAAUUCAAAUUAAACAUUAAUGAAUAAUGAUUUAAGUGAAUGUAAAGUAUAUGUUAUAUGAUAAGAGAAAUAUGAUUUAAGACAAUUACAAGAGAUGUUAAAUAUAUAUUUAAAAAACCAAGAGAAAAUGAAAGAGAUCAAAUUAAUAGUAGAUUUAUUAAAAAAUAGAACCAAUAAAUUAGAAUAGAAAUUGAGAUAAUAAGAAAUGAAAUGUAAAUUAAAGAGAAUUAGAAGAACAUCAAUUUAAAUAGAAAAGAAAUAUAAAGUUUAAAUUAAUAAUUAUAAUUUAAAGUGUUAUGGUAAGAAUUGUGAUAAGAGUUAUGGAUCUAUGGUUUCAUUGAAUUUACAUAUGAGAAUAAAACAUAAAAGAUAAAGAAAAGUUUAAGAAUAAUAAAAAUGA